AUGUCAGCGUCUGCCCUCGACGCGCACGCGCAGAGGAUCUGCGAGGGCCUGCAGGCGAAGGGCCUGCUGGCGACGCCUGAGUGGACGCGCCGCGAGUGCCGAAGGUUGCUUUCUUCUCCGCAGUCUUCUCCUCACUUUUCGUCUGCCUCUUCGACCUCGCGCGGCACACUCGCCUUUCCCGACCUGACCGAAGAGAAACUGGGAGACGCUUUUCUGCGCUCGGAGUUUGCGGAGAGCGCGCAGCCGUCGCUCCCGGCAGGCGUCUGCGCACUCGAGCGGGGAGCGCUGGAGGGCGUGCACUUGUUGGAGGUCUUGGAGGCCGCGAAUCUGAACGAGAGUCGCAAGGCCCGCACGCGCCUCGCUCCGAGCAAAAACCGGUUUCUGAAGGUAGUCCUCAGCGACGGCCACACCAGCGUCGCAGCCGUGGAGUAUCGACCGAUACCGGCCUUCAGCGAGGCUACGCUGCAGCCGGGAGCGAAACUCCUCGUCUGCGGCGCGCCGCCAGUCCGACGGGGGCUCGUCUUCCUGCAGCAGGCCCACGUGCGCGUCGUUUGGGGCGGCGCAGCCCCAGCUGAAGAGGCGGCGGGCGCCGGAGAGGCGAAGGAAGAAGCGCCGAGCGCAAACCGCGCCGGCGGCCGCGUAGACGCGAAACGAGAGACGGUGGUGGCGGAGCUGGACCCCACACGUCCUCUCGCAGAGCGUCCCUACGCGGCUUCAUGCGCGUCUUCUGCGGCGGCCGCAGAGGACCCCACGCCGGCGAUACGAAGCGAAAAAAUUCGGCAGGCAACUCCGCUGUCCAGCUCGCGAGACGGGAGGCAGCUUUCGCUUCGCAGUGAAGUUCGAGGGUGUUUCGUCCCUGAAGCCGCCAGUUUUGGCCGCCCGCCUAGCGAGCGACUGCGAGGCGGAGCCCCGAAUGGGGUCGCGAGCGAGGUGCACGUCUCGCGACCCCAAACCGCUCUCUCGGGAGUGUCGGCGUCGAGAGUACAUACAUCUCGUCGCCAUGGCGGCGACGCCAUGGCGACGAGGUGCGCGCCGACUGCGGCCGACGGCGCUGGGCAUGGGGUACCUGGGGGCCCACAUGCUGGCCCUGGCCCCCGUGCUUCUUCUGCGUUGCCUGUUCACUUGAUGGAGCGAAAUCGCACGGCUGCCGCCCUGCCCAUGGAAGACGCAGACAUCGAGGAACUCGCCGACCUCGCCCUGGAGGACUUGGAAGACCUCGCGGUCUCCGGAGAAACAUUUGCGGGGGCAUUCGACUCGGUCUGCGUCGUGGCCAGCCCGAACAGGGAUGCUGCUUCAAGUGAGGCCAGCUCGCGAGAGAAAGCGUGCAGCGGCGCGACGUCCGCUGCCUCACACAACCCAGCGCUUCGUCUCGCGUGUGCGGCUUCGAAUCCUGCGCGCGCGGCGACAGGUCCUGCGGGCGGUCGGCGGGUGUCUGUACACUCGGUCUCGUCAGAGAGUGCAGAGGAAGCAGAGGCGGGGGCCCGCGAGGCUCGGGCGCCUAGACAGGCGCGAGCGUCCCCUCUCCGUGAGGCUCCAGCGGAAGACUUCGAGGACGCGAAGGGGCGUCGGCUGCCUGUAGACUCGAAUUCGUCCUCUUCGUCGAGCGAGGCCUGCGUGGCAGCUCGCUCCCCGCCUUCGCUCUCGCCGUCGCCCGCGCCACCUCGAGGCCUGCCGGUCAAGAGCCGGGCUACGCGAGAGGAACCGCCGUCUGAGUCCGAAACGCCCAGCAUGAAAGCCUCGGCGCUCUCCUGCGGCAGAAACGCAAGCGGCAGUCGGGAGUGGUGGGUCUUCGCGGCCGUCACAGAUGCCAAGUGGAUGACAGGAGUGCGAGAAAUCCAGGGGCGAAAACGCGUGUACUCGGAGAGAGGGCAGUUUGAGAGUGCAGCCACCGGCCCCGCGCCUGGUCGCCCUGCAGCGGGCAAGUGUACGUACACCGCAGGGGGGCUGUGGCGGCUGGCGCUGUCUGAUGGCUCGCUGAGCGGCUACGUGGCGUUUGUCAGAAACGAUCUUUUGCCUGUUUUACUCCCUGCCCUGUGCGCCGGGGGCGCCGAUGGAGUCGUGGACGCGGCGCACUCGGCGCAUUCUUCUCCGCUUGCGAGCGUUUCCCGGGAGGUGGUGAAGCUCGCUCUGCUUUCUCUGCAGGGUCACUUUCGGCUGACAGGCGCAGCUGAGACGUCCCUCUGGCCCGGCGAAACCCUGAAAAAGGAGCCGCGCGUCGCCUCAGCGUCCGCCAGGCCGCCGGCGACUUCUCCGGAGCCCGAGGGGGCGCCUGCUGGGGCCACGAGGGCGGGGGGCGAAUUCGCGUGGCUCGUCGUCUCGGGGUUUGAGACACACCUCAGCGUGUCUGACCUAGACAGAGAGCUGUCGGAGCUGCUGGAUGCCUUCGAUGCACAGUGCAUCGACUUAAAGUCCUCUGCGCAAACUGGAGGCAGCGCGCAAACAGCGAACAACCACGAGGCCAAAGGCAGAGAGUCACCUCAGGCUCGAAGCUCUAAGGGCACACACUGA